AUAGUAUGGCAUAUAUAAAAGAUCAAAAUAGUCCAACCCAAAGACCAUUGUGAUCAGUAGAAGAUGGCGAGCGGGAGAGCAGUAGAAGCCCUUCGAGCUUACAGAUCAGUGCUGAAGGCCACUCACAAAGCCUUCGCCGGAGAUACUUUCAUGCUCCAACAAUCCGCCGCCGAGGUCAGAAAGAAAUUCGAGGAGAAUCGCCACGUCUCAUCGGAGGCUGAUAUUCAGAGGCUAUUGGAGGAUGCAACUGAGGCCUCUUCGUUCAUAUCUACUAUGAUUAUCCAAGCCAAAGCUACACCUUCCGGUGCUUUUGUGGUGAAGCCUGAGAAAGAACAUGCUGGAGCAACGCUCGAGAUUCCUUCUGAAGAGAUACUUAAAAAGUCUGCUUGAGCAUAUUCAAGGAAGCUUAGAGCAUUUAGACUGCUGUGUUGGCACUUUUAUCUUUCAUAAACCGUGAGUUUGUCUUUUGAGUUUCUCCACUUGAAAUUUUCUCGGAGAUUCUGCUUUCUCCAAGGUCAUGGCGUUUCAGUCUUUCCUAUUUUUGUUACAUUUAGGCCAUAAUUAGUGGAUAUUGCAUCCAUCUA